UUUACUUUCAUUCACAAAACUUUAAACUCAAUAGCAAGCGCUCGCCUGACGCUGACACAGUCGGCUGAAUGUAUCUUUAUACGUUAAUCUCUUUUAUUUCACUCCUACUGGAAAGUUAACGGGGGAAGUUUAUUGGCUAGUUGUCCCGGUGAAGUCUCAUCACCAGGCGGACGAGGUUGAGCGCGAGUGUCUAUUUGGGGGGGUGUGACAGCACUCUCCGUACAGCUGUGGCGAGCUUGUUUAUGAGUUAAACAGGUUGCUCUACGGAGCGGUAGGAAAGGAAACACACCGGCAUGUUCUUGGGACUCAGACAGACACUGACCGCCCGGCUGCUGGACCAUUUGCUGGUCAGAACCGCUGCCUUAAUUUGAGCCGAAUGAGCUCCGAGCCGGCGCGACCGGUUCGAUGCCGUUGACAUUCAUCCAUCAAACAUGGCAACCUUGAGACGUAGUAAGCUUGUGUAUGACAUGAAUGACAAACAGGACAGGCCUUAUAUGUGCGGCGCCCCAGGCUGCUCUCAGCGCUUCCAGUUAGAAGAGCAUCUGCUCAUCCACAGACACAAGCAUGAGAUGUCCCUCAAGUUCUCCUCCAUCAAGACGGAUACGGCUUUUACAGACCAGACUCCAACGCCAACACGAUUUUUGCAGAACUGUGAAGAGGUUGGUCUGUUCAAGGAGAUAGAGGAAGAGUUUCUUCAAGCACAAGAAGAGGAAAAGAGCAAACAGACGCUUUCUCAUAAUGGGUCGUCCUGUAUGAACCCGCAGCAACUGAAAUCGCAGCUCCAGCACCCUCAUCCCCAGCCACCGCUGCACCAUCCCCAGACCCAUCCCCUGCAGCACCCUCAGUGUCAUGGCGCCAUGAUGGGCCCCAGCUGCAGCAUGGCUGCCCAGCAAGCUCUGUCCUCGCUGUCCGGUUCAGUCAUCACCCAGGCUUCUUCCACCCUCACACACUCAGGGCCGGUUCCCGGGCCACUGUCCUCCCUCCUUCACAUGCGGAACAGACACAGACAACCGCUGCCAGCCUCUUUACCUGGCACCCUGCCAGACCCCGCAAUGCAAGGGGCAUCUGCCCAGCACAUGCCCAUAGAGAAGCAAAUGCCGUGUAUAAUGGGUAUACCAGGUCCUGUACACAACCCCUCCUGUUCCUCGCCUCAGAGAUCCAAACAGACGCUGGGUCAUCAUUUCCAACAGCACCACCCAGCAAUGGUCGCCAUCAACAACCCUGUGACAUCCAUGGGUCACAUGAUGGAGAUGAUGACACAGCGUCAUCAGGCACCUCCACUACAACACCACCAUCAUCCCCAUCAUCCACAGCUUCCAACUCAGCCCCUCGCCUUUCAACAGCGAUGCCAUGCUCCACCUCCACAGCAUCUGGGAAGCCCCCACAGCCACCUUGCUCAGGCUCACCAAGCACCCCCUCCCCAUCUGCACCAGGGUUCGCCUCCUGCACCUCCCCUCUCUGUUCCAGCACAGUUAUCACCAGUUGCACAGCAGAUGCAGCCCUCCCAUCUAUCCCACUCCCAGCAUGCAGUGCAGGAAGGUGAUAGCUGCAGCAGUGGAGGAGGGGGAGGCGGCAACCGCCGCAGGAGGACAGCAGAGCAGGACCCUGACGAGCGCAGGCAGAAGUUUCUGGAGCGUAACCGGGCCGCAGCCACCCGCUGCCGACAAAAGAGGAAAGUGUGGGUGUCAUCGCUGGAGAAGAAAGCUGAAGAGUUGACGCAUACAAACCUGCAGCUACAGAAUGAGGUGACGUCAUUGAGGUCAGAGGUGGGUCAACUGAAGCAGAUUCUGCUCACCCACAAAGACUGUCCUGUCACCGCCCGGCAGAGAGAGGCACAGGGGUACCCCACUGUCUCUGUGUCCAGCUGCAGGGGUGAGCCCAGAAGGAAGUCCCACCCCUGUAGGUCCUGGGUCUCAUCUGCAGGCCGUCCAACACAAUAGCAUCUCCACCUCCUCGACAGCUGGAGGCAACACAGGGCACAACCCUAAGUCUGGACGCUAGCCCUCAGCACAGAGAGGAGGGUCUGGGACUCCAUGGCUGAAUCCUACCAGACUGAAUUAUCUUUCUGUCACACUUAAGUCACACUCGGCUGCGGAUCCGUGUGUCUUUACAUUGUAGAUGAAAUACUGAACUGGGUAGGUGAAUUUAUAAAUCCAUGUGAACAAGGUUUUUUUUUUUUUAACAUGAUCAUCAUCCUUUCUGGUUGGAGAGGAGACCAGAACCACAUACUGAUACAUUUCCAUAACAGGUACAAAAAUGACCUCUUCUGAAAGCCUUGUUAAAACCUGUGAUGGUUACAUGGCAACUGGAUCCUCUGUUUAUUCACAAAAUGUUUCUGUUCAUGGCAAUCUAACCAUUGCCUGCUACCCAAUGACUACGCACAUGCACAAUCAUAACACAUCUUUUCAGAAUCUUUUGCUCUUAUAUCUUGCACUAAUUAAAAAAAGCCUAUAUAUUAGUUUUAUAUUUCUAUCUGAGAAUCUGCAAGUGCACAUCUUAUGCCUUCUCUUUGAUGCAGAAGCAGCUUGUCAAAACUAUGUAUUUUUCUAAAAAUGAUUCAUACUAAGACAAAAAAAUGUUUAUUUCAAGAUUUCAAAUCAAACUUGGAAAGCCAUUUAGAACAUGAUUGUACAGUAUUUCCUUUCAAGCACUACUGCCCUAAGACACUAAAUAACUAUAAACUGCACUUCAUGUCUCAAUCCCUGUCCGUUAAUAAAAAAAAACUCUUAUU